AAUAAUUUAGUAAUAUCUUCAAUACGAUUUAAGAUCGAUAAGUCGCUUUCAAAGGAUGUGUACUUACUUACCUACUGACUUAGUUUAAUUCAUGUUAUAAUUUAUCAAAAAUAAAUUAAUAAAUAUUAGUUAUCGGCAUUCCUAAGUAUUGAGUGUGUUGUAAACUUUUUCUCCUAAUUAAUUAAUUUGAGAGUGAAGAAAAUGUAAACAAGACAAAGAAGUGAUACAAGAGUUACAAUUAUUACGGAGUGAAAAAAGUUAAAAUUCGGAUUAUUAUAAAAGUAUAUAUAGUGCGUCUCAAUAAACAAGACUAAAUAUGGUCGUAAGCCAUGGACAUGGACCUCGAUCGGGUCACGGUGGUCACGGUGGACACGGUGGGCAUGGUGGAAACUACAAGCAAGUGGCGAAAUCGGAAGGUGAACGUAGGGCUAGUCACGGCGUGGCAGGAUUGCAAGGACGUGAAUCUUUUCUUACCUCAACAAUUAGUAUUUUUGUUGACGAAAAUCAACCAAACAUUCCCGACGGUGGUUGGGGUUGGUUAGUGGUGUUAGCCUCGGUAUUCAUUAACUUAGUGUCGGAUGGAAUCACUUGUUGCUUCGGACUGCUGUACAUGGAUUUUCUGAAAGAGUUCGGGGCUUCUAAAUCGGCUACAGCGUGGAUUGGAAGUCUUUACGUAGCUGUACCAUUAGUAGGUGGUCCCAUUGGAAGUGUCCUAGUCGACAAAUACGGCUGCAAGAAAAUGACCAUAGUAGGAGCACUCAUCUCUACCACAGGGUUCAUCCUGAGCACUUUCUCCAGAAGCAUCACAAUGAUGUACCUGACAUUCGGAAUUUUAGGAGGAAUGGGUCUCGCUCUGUGCUACGUCACUGCAGUAGUGGCCAUCGCGUUUUGGUUCGACCAAAAGAGAACGCUGGCUUUGGGUUUGGCAGCUGCAGGUUGUGGCUUCGGUACUGUGAUCUACUCACCGCUGAUAACACUACUUUCUCAGCAAUAUGGAUGGAGGGGAACUGUGCUGAUAUUGGCGGGAUUGUUUGGGAACAUGUGCGUUUGUGGGUUGUUGCAGAGAGAUCCGGAUUGGAUCAUCAAACAGGAGAAAGAUAGAUUAGCUGAAGAAAAGAAAGAGAAGAAAGAGAAGAAAGAAAAGAAAGCUCUUAAAGAAAACAAGCCCAAACUUGACAAAAUUAGCGAAACCCCAUUACUGUUAGGUAAUAUUGAAACAUCGGUAGACAUCAAGAGUAAAGACCGAUUUCAUUCUGUUGUCAAUCUUCCUACUUACAUUGCAAAUAAUAAAGAAGUACCUCUAGAGGUCUUGAAGAAUCUCAGCAAUGAUAAGCACAUGUAUAAGAUUAUCGUGGAUAACUAUCCUAACAUGCUUUCCAGCAAAAAUCUUUCAGAUACAGCUCCAGAUAAAUUGGCAGCUGAAGCUUCUUUGGUCACCACAAGAAUACCAGUAAAAUAUUCACUUACAGUAACCCCAAAAGCCGAUGAUGGUGCUCAAAACGGUACAGUAGUCAGAAUUGAUUCCACAAAAUCCGAACACAGCUCAAACGGUCAUUUUCAACACCACGGAUAUGUAGCCAGCAUCAAGCAUAGAAAAGUAUCUACUAAUCAAGAUCAAACCAUUUUAAAUGCUCACAAGUUUAAGAAAACGACAGCCAGUUGUCCCGACGUCAGAAUCAAAAAUCACUACAAACAGUUAGACAUUUUAGAAGAGAAGGAAGAAGAAGAAAAGCCUGAGAAAUGGUACCACAACUGCAUUGAUGUCUUUGGAGACAUAAUCGAUUUCUCGAUGUUCCUGCAACUUCACUUCUUUCUCGUUAGUAUUGCAACAAUAAUAAUGUGCAUUUGGUUUGCGGUCCCAUUUGUUUAUCUUGCAGACCACAUGGCAGUUCUCGGAUACAGUGAUACCCAAGUAUCAUUAACCAUUUCCGUUAUAGGAAUUACAAACGUACUUGGCAUGGUAAUCAUAGGCUUCCUAGGCACAAAAAUGAAAGUAGCCACAUUAUAUGCGGCCUGCCUGUUCCUGUCUGGCAUAUCUUGCGCCGUAAUGAUGCUUUUCUCAUACAACUUCAUAAUUCUCAUAAUAUCGAGUGGAGCAUUUGGACUUUUCUAUGCGAGCCAACACUCUUUAACUCCAGCUAUCGUAGCUCAGCUGGUACCUCUAGAAAAGUUCAGUAUGGCAUAUGGUCUCAGUCUAUUGUGUCAAGGAAUUGGAAAAUUGACAGGUCCACCCUUAGCUGGAUACUUAUUUGAUUUGACGCAGUCCUACAGUCAAUCAUUCUAUCAAGCUGCCGUUUGGAUAUUUUUGUCCGGUAUUCUGAUUGGAGUUAUUCCUUAUACCAAAGAAAGAAAAUUAUGUGGAAGGUGACACUCUUAGUCAGUUGAAUGAAGAAUUAGGUGCUUUUGUUUUAAUAAAUUGUUAUGUUGUAAUAAAUAAAAAACAAAAAUUUGUAUAUAGGUAAUAAGACUAACCAAAU